CCGCAGUAGGAGCGCGAGCGGUUGGCGGUGUCUCGGACUGUGCUCGAGCUCCUGAGCCUCUGGCACCGAGAGGCCGGACAUGUUGCUGUAGUUUCAGGACGUGGAAUCGAGCGACUGUCAUGAAGGCUGGGGCCACAUCGAUGUGGGCUUCAUGUUGUGGUCUGCUGAAUGAAGUAAUGGGUACUGGAACAGUGCGUGGCCAGCAACCUGGGUUUAGCGGAGGUACAGGUCCAUUCAGAUUUGCCCACAGCACAGGAUACUCUUCAUAUCCCACACCAAUGCCAGAAGUCCAAAAUGUAGUCUGUAAAGGCUGUGGACAGGCCUUUUCUUUUCUUAGGAAGAAGUAUGUAUGUAAGGACUGCAAGAAGAAUUUCUGUUCAUUCUGUUCAGUGAUGCAAGAAAGUCUACGAAGAUGCUAUACGUGCCAAGUGUUGCAACAAACUUCCUUCCAGCGUAAUGAGCUUAUGAAAAUAAAGGUCAAAGAUCUACGUCAGUAUCUAAGCUUAAGAAAUAUACCCAUAGAAACAUGUCGUGAAAAAGAGGACUUAGUACAGCUUGUAUUGAGCCAUCAUGAAUCAGAUGCUGUUGGAUCAGACACGGAGAAUAUUCACUCAAGGUCUCAGAGUUCACAAUUUUAUACUAACCCUCCUGCCACUGCCUCAGCAUCAGCAGCAUCACCUUUUCAGGGGAUUUCCUCCAAUGAAAGACCCACCUCAGGAACUCCAAACAUGCAUCAGGGAAGGGAAGAGGCAGCAUCUCCAAUGAAUAGUGGAUCUGUAUCACAACAUCAGGAAUAUGCAAAUGAAAUCAUUCCACCCAAAAAAACAAGAGCCUCAUUGUCAGACCUAUCCAGUACUGAAGAUAUUGAAGCAUUGACCGUUCGUCAGCUGAAAGAAAUACUGGCGCGCAACUUUGUCAGCUUUUCAGGGUGUUGUGAAAAGUGGGAAUUAGUGGAAAGAGUGAAGAGAUUAUUCAAAGAAACAGAAGAAAAUCGCAAGUUCUUGGAAAAUGGAAAUAACCCAGCUGUAGCUGCUGUUGAAGAACAGCUGCAAUUCAGCAGUGAUGAGAAUCUCUGCAGGAUCUGUAUGGAUGCAGUGAUCGAUUGUGUUCUCCUCGAGUGUGGUCACAUGGUUACAUGCACGAAAUGUGGAAAGCGCAUGAAUGAAUGCCCUAUUUGCCGACAAUAUGUUGUACGGGCAGUACAUGUCUUUAAGUCUUAAAUUUGGAAGGUGUUUGAAUGAAGAGAAUAUGGCUUUUCCUGUUGAUAGAUGAAACUUGAUGGAGAAACAUUUUAUGCCCAUAUCAAUGACUAAUUUGUUGUAGCCAUUUUGGAUAGUGUUGGAGGAAUGGAAUUUUUAAAUUUACUAAGAGUUAUCAUUACUUAUUACUGGGAGCCUUAAAGAGAUCAGAGUUAAACUAUGUUAAGGUGCAAAAAAAAAUUACUGAAUUAUAACAUUUAUCAGCACUAAGUCUAAGACUCAAUGAAGGAUAUGCUGGGGGAAAAAAAAGCAAAGAUUCUAUUUUAAACUUUUCAUAUCAAUUUUAUAAGUCUCCUAAAACAUUUGCCAUUUAGUGGAUUCAUGUAUGACAGAGUAGCCAUUAACUAUCCUGUAGUGUCCAAUGAGAACAGAAAGGAAACCUCAUGAGCAAUCUUACGUUUACUACUAACUAUCUUGGUUUCUCAUUUUUGAUUUCUGUACUAUUUAUAUGUAUGUUUUUAAAGUUCAUUGCCUAAUAAAGAAUUUAUUGGAAUAGCAAUUUGACAAAUUAGUAAAAUCAAUAUAACUUUGCAAAAAUAUUUCUGAUCCUGACAUGUGCUUUGAGUUUUUUUUGUAGAAAUAAUGAAUAUUUUUUCAUUCUACUUUUAUUCUGUUCCUUCUUUCUUUUGUUGUCCUCCUCCUAUGUUGUACAGAGUUGCCUGAGUCUAAAUGAAGCCUAACUACUUAAAAGAGGUUGAAACAGCUAUUAUGCAAUUUUACAUUAAAAACAUCUGUCCAA